UGCUUACAAAAGAUAUCUUAGAGAUCGACAAAUAUCAUCAUCAUAAUCACAUAAUUUUAACUAGAGAUAUAACCUAUUAUCUUACUUUAUAUAUUAUAGAAACAGUAGAAGAUUAUCCCUUGAAUUCUCUCGACACUCUUUCCCACAAAGAUAAAAGCGAUGAGAAGAUGAGAAUGUUAAGAAGCAUUUAG